AUGAGAUUCGGGGCCAUCGUCACUACGCUCGCUCUCCUCGCCGGUUUUGCAGCCGCGGCUCCAGCUGUUCCUGGCAAUGCUGUCGAACCUCGCCAGACCCGAGAUGGUUUCUAUUAUGGCAAUGCCAACUCGUUUCACGACCACGCGCAUCGAGGUAUGAAUUUGUCCGAAAUUAGUCAAUACACGUCUCGAAGCAAACUGAUUCUCAUGUCUGGGGUUGAGGGUGUCAUCAAUGCUGAUAGAAAAGUUUGGAUAUCAUGCUCAACGCAGCUUCCUUCUACGAACGGAGAAAAUAACUGGCGCUUCCAGUACACGCAGUGA